CGGGUACCAAUUGAAAGCUCUAAAAUCCGCGUUUUGUGGCAAAACGGGUCUGGUUUGCCUGCACCCUCGUCUACCUUAUCUUCCACCUUGAAAUGCCGUUCUUUCACCUGAGAUUGACUGCUCCACACUCAACUCUCAAUCACGUUCCGCUGUUUGGUUAUGUGGUGGAACCCACUCACUUCCCACAGAACACACAUCAUUUGAAUUAUCAUUUACCUGUUUUGAAGAAUUGGCCUCCCUUGUAUGCUUUUGUUCAUUCAUUGCCUAGAUUUCAUUCUUUGGGAGGCAUGCACAUUAGUGCUGACAUGGCUGAGAAAUUCGAUAUUCUCAACAUCUGCCAUUCUAUACUUGGCAUGAAUUCAUAUGAGAAGCAAAGCUCGAUGUGGGAGGUUCAAUCGAUGCAUCAUACUGACUCUCCAGACAGUAUUAGCAAGGAAGAGAAGGAAAGACAGAGACGAAAAAAAAUAGGACUAGCCAACAAAGGGAGAGUACCAUGGAACAAAGGCAGAAAACAUAGUUCGGAGACUUGUAAGCGAAUCAAACAGAGAACAAUAGAAGCCUUAAAAGACCCCAAGGUUAGAAAGAAGAUGUCUGAGCAUCCCCGUCCUCAUAGUGCCGAGUCCAAGGCAAAAAUGCGUUCUUCACUUAGACGUGUUUGGGGACAGCGUUUAAAAUGGAAACGAUUGAGGGAGAAAUAUUUUCUGUCGUGGGUUGAAAGCAUAGCAGAGGCGGCUAAGAAAGGUGGUAGCGGACAGCAAGAUCUCUGUUGGGAUAGCUAUGAGAAGAUACAUCAAGAAUUACAUCUCCAACAGCUUCAACUGGCUGCGGAAAAGAAAAAGGAGAAGGCGAAAGAGAGGACAAAGAAAAGAGCAAUGAAAGCAGAACAAGUUAAAGCAAAAAAAAUGGCAAGGCUUGCUCGUGAGAGGAGAAAAGAUGGAGAAGUCUUUGACGAUACUGAAGGGAUGACAGUUCUUCAAGGGCAGAAUUGUAAGCAGAGAUUAAUGAAGCUUGAAAGAAAAACUUCAACAAAUGGACAACCUGCUGCUCGAGGGGACAUAGUCAUGUCGCAAAUCUCAGCUUUCGAGAAACUGGAUCUAGAGCUUAUAAAGAGGGAAAAAAUGCAGAAAGAAGUUUCAUUCGCAGACCAGAUCAGAGCUGCCAAAAACAGAAGAAUGGAAUUAACUAUGGUAGCCUCAUCCUCUGUUCAUGCAGCCAACAAGAAACCAGGGGAGUAUGCUUAAAUUUCCACAUCCUUAGCAGCAGUUGAAAUAGAGAUGUAUGGAGGGCAACUUAUUUUCUUCUUUAAGAGGAUUUUUAUGUAGCUUAAUGUUCAUUUGUUUGAUGGUUUGUAGGAAGAGAAAAUAUCGGACUCUUGGACGCAUUUUUCCAACUAGUCGCAAGAGUCCCCUCAUUUGUUUUCAGGGCUUCAUUGAGGUCCAUCCGGCUACAGUGCAGCGUUUUUAUGUGAAAACUUUGUUACGUGAAUCUGUCAUGACCAGAAAUCA